UUCCCUUGCCCUUCCCUCCUUAGCUCAUUCUAACUGUGUCUUCUCCCCGUGCUCGUGGUCCUGUUUUUGCCUGAACAAUGUGCUGCUCAGUGGGUUUUGCCCGCUCCCUGGGCCUGGCUCUGUUGCCACUGGCCCUCUGCUGCAUCGUGGCCAACCUGCUGCUGCUGUUUCCGAUGGGAGAAGUCACCUACAUCCAGCAGGACCGCCUGGCCAGCUACACCUGGUACUUUGGUGGACUAGGAGGUGGAGGGCUGCUGAUGCUGAUUCCAGCUGUGGUCUUCAUAACUCUGGGGAAAUGCAGCUGUUGUUGGAAUGAGAGCUUAAUGAUGUGUGGCUCGGUGUUUGCAGCUGUCAUUGGCCUCGUGGGCUCCACUUACUGCUUCAUCAUAUCAGGGUUUGCAUUAUUGCAAGGCCCCCACUGCUUCACCUCCUUCGGAUGGACUUAUCCCUUUGCAGACAACCGUGGCAGGUAUCUGCUGCAACCAGAGACUUGGUCACGGUGCCUUCAGCCAGUAAACAUCGUGGAGUGGAACAUCACGCUGUUGUGUGUUUUACUGGGCCUCGCCGUGCUGGAGUUCAUCAUCUGCCUCUUACAGCUGGGAAACGGCUUAGUCAACGCCAUCUGCCGACCCUGCUGCUAUAAGCAGGAAUACAGUCUCAAUGCUUAGAGAGGCACGCAUGAAUGUAGAUCCCACCGGCGCGUGCACAGCGUUCAUAUAAGGAAAACAAUCCCACAGACACCAACCUUACAACAAAGGACAGAUGCACAUGCAGAGGUCUGCAACGCAGACUCAUUACACCAGCACACGCAUGCCUGAAAGUAUAGCACAGCCUUGUUUAGAGAAACACAAAUGCACAAUAAUGAACAUGAAACAAGUGUUAUCCGCGUAAUCAGUGUUUUCAAAUUUCUCGUUUGAAGAGUUUCAGUCAGCAUGCAGUCAAUGACAGCCAUAAAGACACAUGUCCGCAAUACCGUAGCUAUAUGUGUCCUUUGCAUUUCAUUUUUACACAGAAAAAUCAUAGUAAUGUACUCGGUAGUCAAAGGAGUUUCAACUGGAAUGUUUCCAGAUGAUGAGAGAGAAAUGCCUCAUUGUUGAUUAUUCAUGAUAAUGAUUACAAGUUUACUGGAGGGUAAACUUCAAAGUGACUGUGAGUUCUCACAAGACAUUUUACUAGACAUAGUCCAUAGGGCAGACCACUUUUUUUUUUCUUUUUUUUUACCUUUACUACAAACUGUAUACUUUCUAUACCCUCAACCCAACAACUACUGAACCAUAAUUACUGUGUGACUUUGGAUGACUGAUGAGGGUGAAAGGAAUCGCUGAAAUAUGUCAAGUAUUUAAAAAAAAAAGAAAUAUUCUUGUCCGAAAGAAAGAAUCAGCAAAUUAAACCAUAGUUACCGGUUGAGCAGAUACACUUUGGCAGCAGAAGAGAAGCGGUAUGGAUUACCAGUACACUUUUAAGGGUGUCCCGUUUUUGUUGUCAGUUUUUAGACAUUGUGGGAAUUUCUUUUGGCUUAGAGAUGUUCUUGUGAGAGGUGAUGCACAUUGCCAUAAUUUUACUUCCUCAAUGUGCCGCUGAGCGCGCUGACUUUUAAGUUUUUGAUUGUGCUUGUAAAAUAGUUUUAACUUUCAGUACAUUUUGUUGUAAAAUGUUUUAUUGACGUCGUUCUAAUGCUAUUUCAGCAUUUACAGGCAUUUUAUAUAUAUAUAAAUAUAUUAGUGACAAUAUUUUUAUAAUGUAUGGUUUAUUUGGUUUACUUUGAAUAAAAGAAUGGUUUCCAUUUA